AAUUUCCCGCCAUCGAUUAGUACCGUUAGUCAACGCGGCAGCACUGUCGAUAUGUUUGGAACGCUUGUGGUGAAACUUUUAUUAAAAAACGUGAUUUAAGCUAUUUCCAGAUUAUUUGAUUAAGUGGCAAUCACAUUUGGUAGAAUGGAAGUUGACACAACAGAUUUGCUGGCUGAAACCGAAAAAAACGCAGAACCUGAGGCUUCAGAGGAAAAUCCUCCCGAAAAAACAGAAGAGCCUGUGGAAAAGCAGGAAAACAAUGAGGAAAAAGCCGCUGAAGAGCCAAAAAUUCCCGAAAAUGAUAGCAUUGAAGAGAAGCUUGCAAUUUUAGAUGGGAAAUUUGAAGAUGAAGAAAAUAAAGCGCCAGUACAAAAACCGACUGAAAUGAGUGAAACGGAAGUUUACGACGAGUUAGCCAAAGAUUCUACUCUAAUUACAGCUGCACAAGAGGAAGUAAAAAAGCUAGACUUACUAGUGUGCGGAAUUUGCCAUGAUGUCUACAAUUUCCUUGAAGACUUCCAAAAACAUAAACUCGAACCAUGCACACCUUCAUUGCAAAUCAAAAACGCUUGUGAGAAUGAAGGGAAGCCCCAAGUUUGGGGUUUUUCUCUAUGGAAAGUAAAACAACUAAAAUCGUUAAAGAAAGGCGAAGAAGAACCAACAUCGUGGAUAAUUUAUCAGAAAUGGUGCAAAUUGGAACCUGCAGAAAAGCAGGUUUGGAUAGCAGCAGGAGAAAUGCUGCAAACUUGCGUUAAAAUCGGCAAUGCCAAGUUAAAUGAGGUUAAGAGUGAUCCUUUGUCUUUGGAGGAGGUUCUUGAGGGUGAAGAUGGCAAUUCCAGUUUGUUGAAGAAGAGCAUCUACAAGCCGGUUAAACUGAACGAUGAUGUCACUAUUUUACCCAGUUCUAAGAAUGGGGAGACAAAUAGGGCUGUAAAAAUAAUCCAAGAAAGUGUCAGUAAAGAGUGUGUGGUGGAAAAAAUCGUAUACAAGCGUUUCAACCCAAGGAGAAAAACAUUUGAAUACCAAAUCAAAUGGGAGGGCUUUGAUGAUUCCCAAAAUACUUGGGAGCCUCCUGGCAAUUUAACAGGUUGCAAAAAAAUGCUGGAAGAGUUUGAGGAGUGGUUUAAGAAGCACAAAACUGAACAGAAAUUAAAUGGUACACCUAAGGGAAGGGGUAGACCUAAAAUGUCCCAUUCUACUCCAAAAACGUAUACCCCACCAGUGGCGGCGGCUAAAUAUGUACCCAGUGUUGAUUCUUCUGGCCGGCCGCAGCGCGCCAGCAAGCAGAAAGCCUUGAACCAGGUGAAAUCGUGGUGCGGCAACAUCUCCGACGCGGACGACGGGGGCGUGAAGCGCCCGUACGAGGACGACGACAGCGACGACUCGUUCGAGAAGAAGAUCAAGAUGGGCGACUACUCGGACUCGGAGGACGAGAAGCCGAAGUUCGGCGGCGCGGCCAAGAAGUUCGCCGCCGCCGGCCGCCAGGGGCUGCACCACGUGGUCACGUCGAGUGGCGGGGGCGCGCAGACGGUGACGAUCAUGAACAACGGCGUGGGCAGCAAGAUACCGCAGAACGUGCUGAUUCCCGAUGCGAACGGCGUCGUGCGGAUCAAUCAGAAGCAGCUGCCCAGCUUGAGCACCGGCGUGUACAUCAUGUCGAAGACUGCUGGAAUCAUAAAACUCGACUCGACCACAUCGAAAGUAGCGACAAGCGGCGGGCAAACGAUCGUCAAAGUCGCGCCUAAAAUCGGCCAGACUCAGAUAAAAAUCGUGAAAAAGGACGCGAACGCGCCCGCCUCACCGUCAAACGCGAAAGUCCUCCAAAUGACCACCACCACCGCCGGCGGCGGCGGCGGCGGCACGCCCAAACCGCAACACACGACGCCCGCCCCCAAAUCCUACAAGCCCGUCAUCACGAAAGUGAAAAAGUCCGAGGCGGCCGACAAGGCGGCCAAGCUGGCCACGCAGAGGGCCAAGGAGGAGGCCAAGGCGGCGCAGCGCAUGUCCGUCGACGAGGAGGACGAGUCCGACGACGGCAUCCCGGAGCUGGAGUUCCCCACGGACCUGCCCGUACCGGAGCCGGACAGCCCCCCAGGUGAUUUUGUGUUGGACCCGGAAACUGGUAAGAUAGUGGGUCAGGAUUACCCAUUGGAAGCGGCAGUGGUCAUAAACGAGUCGCCGAUUGCUUUGGGACAACCUUCUUCGACUUUGGAAAAUAUCGUUAAACUUGCCGCGGCAGAUAUAACUGAAGAAGACCUUAAAGGAGACCCCUUGGCGGAAUCAGCGCCUAUGGAUGUUGCCGAAGAGGAAAACAACCUUAAACCUGAAAUUGCGGGGACAUCGGCCAGAAAUGACGACGAUAAUUCGAUUUUAAACAAGGCUCUGACAAAUUCAAAUAUACUACAAAAGAAGCUCGUCUCUCCCAAACCAAAGAUUCAACAGCGAAUCUUGAACCACUCGAUGUCGGGCGGCAGAUCGUCGCUGCACACCGUGCAGACGGUGCGGCAGGUGGGCGGCAGUCCGAGCAGCGCGAUGCGCGCCGCCAAGCCGACGCCGCCGCGCGCCAAGUUCAACCUGGGCGCCGGCUCGGCGGCGCAGACGCAGUACCGCGUCAGCGAGGCGGGCGCCGCCAGGAACGUCUACUCGAAAACGACGGUGCUCGGGACGAACAACAUGCGCACCAAGAUUGGACACACGACGGUCUACAGAAGCAUCAGCGGAACGCAGUCGAAACCGGGCACGCCGUCCCGCGUCGCGCAGCACCACGCCGGCGCCAACGUGAGCGUGUACAAGGCGCCGCGACGCGAACCGAUCUCGCGCCCGGCGCAGCUGCAGCAGCAGCAGCCGCAGAAGCCGAAGGUGGUCAUCAGCAUGCCGUCGCUGGUCGGCGACGACGAGCCGGCGGCGGCGCCCGUCCUGGCGGCGCCCGCCGAGCCGGCGCCCGCGCCGGCCGAGGCCCAGACGGCCGCCGAGGCGGACCUGGGCGCCGCGUUCGCGCUGGGCGACAACGAGCAGCCCAUCUUCAUCACCGGCGACGACGGCACGGUCUACCAAGUAGCAGGUCAAAACGAGCAGGGACAGACGAUCCUCAUAACGCAGGGCAGCGACGGGCAGCAGCAGUGCCUGCUGGUGACGAACGACGCUGAGGCGGGCACCUCGACCGGCGACGACGACGAGGAGGCGGCGUGCGCCGAAGCGAGCGCCGCCCCCGCCGUGCUGGCGGUCGGCCCCGCCGCCGCCUCCGACGAAGCCAAGGCGGAAGCGACCGAGCCGCUGUCGAUCAAGACGGGAGCGGACGACUCCGGCGACCAGGUGGUCGCGCAGGUGGUGAGAGCGGAGCCGCCCAGUCCUGGUGGUACCCACAAAGUAGUGGUAAUGUUACCAGAUGGUAACUUGAUGAUGACCCAGGUGUCUCCGGAAGAGUAUGCCAGCUUAGAGCUGGACUAGUGUUUAGGUUUGUGUUAACUUAGUUAGAAGGAUUGUAUUGUAAGAUAGAUUUUUAUAUCUAUUUCAAUUUUGUACAAAGCAUUUAGAAUAUAUUUAUUUCCCUUUUUCUCUCAUGUCACUUUUCAGAAUAAAACUUAACCUCUAAAUGAUUUUUAAUUUAAUUUAGUUGACUUGCAACUUUAGGGAGUCGUUUUAAAUAUUGUAAUAUAGUUAUAAUGUUUGUAUAUAUUUUAUUAUCUACAUUUUGCGUAGGUAUAAGCAAAGAUUUUUAUUUAGUAUUUUCCUAUUCCAAGUAUAAAUACUACUUGUUUGGUUUCUCAAAGUGUAAAAUAAACAUUUUAUCAGUAAUUUUAUAA